UAACACAGUAAAUCAUUUCCCUACAAAUCCUUGCAAGUCCCCAGUGUCACAUUCUCAAAUCUCACCUAUCAAACACCCACAUAGCCCCCAAGACAAAAUUCAUGCCGCUUCUUUCCUUCCUCCUCCGGCAGCUACUAUUUAUAGCAGUCGGACAAUGUUGCCUGAAUCUGACCCACGCUUCUACCGGCGGGCGGUGGAACCUUCUAAGUCACAACAUUGGCAUCUCAGCCAUGCACAUGCAACUCCUCCACAACGACCGAGUUGUUAUCUUCGACCGAACCAACUUCGGCCACUCCAACAUCUCACUGCCAAAUGGCAAAUGCCGCAACAACCCCAAGGAAUUGGUUUUAAAAACCGACUGCACGGCCCACUCUGCCGAAUACGACGUCGCAACCAACACUAUACGUCCCCUCAUGAUCCUCACUGACACGUGGUGCUCCUCGGGUGCUGUCAUGCCCGACGGCCGUCUGAUCCAAACCGGUGGGUGGAACGAUGGAGAUCGUGUGGUCAGAAUUUAUCGGCCAUGUAGUGACUGUGAUUGGGAGGAAGUCCACUCUGGGUUAGCUCAAGUAAGGUGGUACGCCACCAAUCACAUAUUGCCGGACGGCCGUCAAAUCAUCAUCGGUGGUAUACAACAGUUCAACUACGAGUUUUACCCAAAAACUUCUUCGUCUACAGAAGCUUUAAAUUUAUCCUUUCUAGCUCAGACCAACGAGCCGAAGAUAGACAACAACCUAUACCCGUUUGUUUUUCUUAAUGUUGAUGGAAAUUUGUUUAUUUUUGCUAAUAAUCGAGCUAUAUUAUUCGAUUAUUUGAAAGGUGUCGUCGUGAGGACGUACCCAGAAAUCCCUGGUGGCGAUCCUCGGAGUUAUCCGAGCACUGGAUCUUCAGUUCUCCUCCCAUUGAAGGACUUACAGGGACCUCAAAUUGAAGCUGAAUUUUUGGUUUGCGGUGGUGCACCGAAAGGAUCGUUCAUCAGCGUGAUCCAAAGACGUAAGUUUGUCGGGGCUUUGGAUACGUGUGGGCGUAUCAAAAUAACCGACCCGAAUCCACAGUGGGUUCUGGAGAAAAUGCCUCUGCCUCGGGUUAUGGGUGACAUGCUUUUACUACCAAAUGGUAACGUAUUAAUCAUUAGCGGUGCGGCAUCCGGUGUUGCUGGAUGGGAUUAUGCUCGGGACCCGGUUCUCAAACCCAUAAUUUAUCGGCACAAUAGCCCAAUAGGGUCUCGGUUUGAGAUACAAAACCCGAGCACCAUACCCCGCAUGUACCACUCGACGGCAAUUCUACUUCGUGAUGGCAGGGUUCUUGUUAGUGGCAGCAAUCCUCAUCAAUUCUACAACUUCACCAAUGUCCUUUUUCCAACAGAAUUGAGUUUGGAGGCGUUCUCGCCGUCAUAUUUGGAUGCAGGGUACGCAAGUUUGCGGCCGAAAAUAGUUUCUCCCGUUUCUCAAACUAAAGUCGGAUAUGGGCAGAAGGUAACCAUUCGGUUCACAGUAAUGGGUGUGAUAAAUGAAAAUUUGGUAUCGGUUACAAUGAUAGCACCAUCAUUCAAUACACAUUCAUUUUCAAUGAACCAAAGAUUGUUGGUGCUUGGUGGAAAUAACGUGCAAAAAGUAGAGAACUCUACUUAUGAAAUGACAGUGAUGACACCUAGUUCGGGUAAUCUUGCACCUUCUGGAUAUUAUCUUAUAUUCGUGAUUCAUCAAGAAAUUCCUAGUGAGGGUAUAUGGAUUCAUAUACAGUAAUUUUUAUAUAUUUAUAUAUGUAGAGACCAAAUACACAAAUCAUUCCCAUUUCAAAUUGAUCUCAACCGGUCUUGUAUCUAUGUUUUUUUUUUUGUAUUAUUAUCUUCCUUUGUCCAAAAGUGUGAUUAAAAUUUAAGAAAAAAUUGUAGUUUUAUAUAUGUAGAGACCAAAUACACAAAUCAUUCCCAUUUCAAAUUGAUCUCAACCGGUCUUGUAUCUAUGUUUUUUUUUUUUUGUAUUAUUAUCUUCCUUUGUCCAAAAGUGUGAUUAAAAUUUAAGAAAAAAUUGUAGUUGGAAGAUUUGGUAAAUUCAUAAGGUGCUAAAGUUUGAUUAAUUUUUAAGGACUGUGCCAUCUUGGUAAGUGGAGGCAUGAAAACUUGAUGCUUCUGACGAUGGGAUUAGACGACUUAUACUAGCUUAGGAUUUAGGAGUUGGGACCAACCACAUGCA